CUGGGCAAGAGACUAGGAUCUGCUUUGCACGGUUUUUGGAAACGUCAUGUCGCCUGGUGGUAAAGCUGCCGCUGUAGGCGUGCUAAUGGCCUCGUUCCUGCUCUGGCUGUGGCUCUACGACGCUCGAGAAACAGACGAAGUCGCUGAGUGGCUGGAACAGCGGGGGCUCCUUCACCUCCGACGACACCGCCCCUUCAAACAUUUGAGCAGUCUGGAGGAGCUGGUCAGAGUGGACCUGGACUCCCUGCCUAAGCCCCUGCAGUACUCCUCCUCCCUCCCUGUCCUCCGCCAGGAGCUCCAGCUGCUGCUGGAGCUGAGACUGUGGCUGCGGGAGAGGGAUAUGGAGGACCUUCUGCCCCAGCUCCUGGAGGCCGGGCACUCCUCCAUUCAUAGUCUGCUGGCUCUGGGUCCUUACGACAUCAAGAAACUAGCCAGCCAGCUCUCACCUGCAGAACAAGGAGAGGUUUUCCGCGAGAAACUUACACGUCAUCACAAUAUCUCCAUAGCCAGCUCAGCUAACUCCAUCAGUAUUCGGUGGUUUCUACUGCGUAUCUUUCUCUCCGUUCUGUUUGUAGUCAUCUUC